GUUAUCGAAUUCCACCGGAGGUCACCAGGCGUUGGUACCCUUGUGGUAGCCUUGAUCAGCUGGAGCGAGUGUCCGAGCGUUUUCUAGGAGGUUGGCUGGGCUGAAAUCGGAAAGUGAUCCGGAUUCCGGAUUCUAUUUCGUGGUACAAAGAUACCGCGUACAAACAUUCCCCAACAACAACUGAGCUCUUCUUUACUCCCCCUGAAUUUGUCUCCCUUUUUCUUUCUCUCAUCAAAUCUCUGUCUCUGAUUUCUUCUAUUUAUCUUUAAUGGCGACUGGUACUCAAAAAUCAAAUGAAACAGAGUCAAAAACCGGAAAAGUCCAUAAGGAAACCCUAGAAACACCCUCCUCAGACCCAACACUGAAGCAAAACGACUCUCAAGGAACUACAGCUUCAAUAAUUUCUCCAGACACCAUUCUUCAGAAGAAAAUUAGUCGUGCUGAGCGUUUUGGUAUGCCUGUUCAGCUCUCUGAAGAAGAAAAACGCAGUACCCGAGCCAAAAGGUUUGGCAGUCAGACCUCGUCAAAGGGAUCAGAGGAGCUAAAGCAAGCAGAAGAGCUCAAGAAAAAGGCCAGGGCGGAGAGGUUUGGGAUUUCGGUACAAUCGGCAUCUGAUGAUGAAGUAAAGAAGAAAGCUCGGCUAGCCAGAUUUGGACAAACUCCCAAGAUCGAUGCAGUAGAAGAAGAUAAAAAGAAGGCCAGAGCAGCGAGAUUUUCAGAAAGUACAACAGUUACCCCUGGCAAAGCCAAAACAGAGGAGGUGGUUAUUGCGGCUAAGGCUACUGGAGGGGUUUGAAACACCGGAUGCUUCUUGGAACAGUAACUUUGAUUCAAAUUUCUGAUUUCUCAGUUCUCAUUGUUAAUGCUAAGUUCUAACUCAGCGUAAGUCCUGUUGAGAGUUCUGCUCAACUCCUGUUGCAUUCUGUCAGAAUUUGUGUUAUAACCACUCAGGAGGUUCCAUAAUGUUAAGUUUUGAGCAUAUGGAAUCCUAGGCUGUAGUGAUGUCACUGUUGCUGUAUUUGUCAUUUUGAGAGGUUGAAAAACAAAAACGUGAUUCUGAGAAUUUCAGUAAUUUGCUUUCUUUUUUUACUCUCUAGGAAUCUUAUGCUAUUCUUCAAUGCUAAAUUCUUAUUGUUCCUGUGGA